GGCUCAGGGCCCGCGCAGCCCGCCCGCGGCCUGGGCUUUCCGGGAAUAGAAAUACCGGCCGGCUCUGGCCCCUUAAAGCUGCUUAGGAGGAGGGAUGCGCUGGGAACGGUCCAGACACCCCCCACACCUCCUCACCAGGACCCGGCCGGCGCUGAGCGGGAAGGCCCCAGCAUCGCUGGGAAGUCCCUUCCCGUUGCUUCUAAAAUACAGCCGGAGCCAAAAAUCCCGAAACUGACAGUCAUCUCCUCCUCGGUCCCCUCCUCCACCUUUGGAGUUGGCCUAGAGUGGCCUCUAGGCUAGAAGCCCCAGGCCCAGCCACCCACCCGGUCCCUACCUGAUCCCCCUGGACGCGACUGCCCCACUGCUUGGGUCUGCCAACUGCCCGGAGGCAAAGGUCAUGAAUUCCUCCUUCUUGUGGUCCUGGUUCCAGCAGCAGGCGGGGCCAGCCCCAGGCUGAUUCUGGGGACAAGUCAUCCCAGAGCUGACUGUUCUCUCUCUCUCCUUUAGGGGGAGACCACAGAACCUGAGGCCAUGCCUCAUGAGAAGAGUUUCUUGGUGUCUGGGGACAGCUAUCCUCCCCCCAACCCUGGAUAUCCUGGGGGGCCCCAGCCCCCCAUGCCUCCCUACCCAGGGGCCCCUUACCCACAACCCCCCUUCCAGCCUUCCCCCUAUGGCCAGCCAGGGUAUCCCCAAGGCCCCAGUUCCUACCCCCAAGGAGGUUACCCUCAGGGUCCCUACCCCCAAGGGGGCUACCCCCAGGGCCCCUACCCCCAGGGGGGCUACCCACAAGGCCCCUACCCCCCAGGGGGCUACCCUCAGGGGCCAUAUCCACAGAGCCCCUUUCCACCCAACCCCUAUGGACAACCACAGGCCUUCCUGGCCCAGGACCCUGGCUCACCUCAGCAUGGAAACUAUCACGAGGAGGGACCCCCGUCCUACUAUGACAACCAGGACUUCCCUGCCACCAACUGGGAUGACAAGAGCAUCCGCCAGGCUUUCAUCCGGAAGGUGUUCCUGGUGCUGACCCUGCAGCUGUCUGUGACUCUGUCCACUGUGGCCGUGUUCACGUUCGUUAGGGAGGUGAAGGGCUUCGUCCGGGAGAAUGUCUGGACCUACUAUGUUUCCUACGCUGUCUUCUUCAUCUCCCUCAUUGCACUCAGCUGCUGUGGGGACUUUCGACGAAAGCACCCCUGGAACCUCGUUGCGCUGUCGAUCCUGACUGUCAGCCUGUCCUACAUGGUGGGCAUGAUCGCCAGCUUCUACAACACCGAGGCAGUCAUCAUGGCUGUGGGCAUCACCACGACCGUCUGCUUCACGGUGGUCAUCUUCUCCAUGCAGACCCGCUACGACUUCACUUCAUGCAUGGGUGUGCUCCUGGUGAGCAUGGUGGUGCUGGUCAUCUUCGCUGUUCUCUGCAUCUUCAUCCGCAACCGCAUCCUGGAAAUUGUAUACGCCUCACUCGGCGCGCUGCUCUUCACCUGCUUCCUGGCAGUGGAUACCCAGCUGCUGCUGGGGAACAAGCAGCUGUCGCUGAGCCCAGAGGAGUACGUGUUUGCGGCACUUAACCUGUACACAGACAUCAUCAACAUUUUCCUGUACAUCCUCACCAUCAUUGGCCGCGCCAAGGAGUAGCCCAAGCCCCGGCACGUGGGUGGCGUGGCUGGCUUGGCAGUGCCAUCUGGACCUUCCCACUCUCUCCCUGGGCGCAGCCUGGGACAGAGGAAGCCACUCUCCGACCCUCCUGUGUGUACACUGCAGAUAUUUCCCUUUGGAUCUGCUGUGGCCAGCAUAGCCCCUUCUAGCCCUCCUGCCCUACCAAAGGGCAGCAGGGCUGGGUUUCUGUGCCACCUCCUUCCCACUCACUGUUGCAUGAGCCCUGUCUGCCAGCCCACCCCAGGGGGCAACACCAGGUCCUAGGGGAGAGGGAUCAAGCCAAGAAGUGAGGGUGCACGUCUUCCCUCCUGUCCCAGCUCCCUGCCUGGCAUAAAGUAUCCCCUUCCUGUCCCUACCCCAACCCUGGAGUGCAGUGCUGUUCUCUGGGGAACCUGCGGGGUGAGGGUCUCAUCCCUGUGCUGAGUCCUGAGGGCAGAGAGGAUAGAAUAUUUCAGGGGAAAAGGAUGCCUUCCUCUCAUUCUGCUGUCUUUAAAAUUCCAAUAAAUAGGACCCUCUGCUCUCUGU